AUGAAUCAAGUCAUCCUUUUGAUACUUCUUGGUGUAGAAGCACUGGCUAAUAUGAAGUGUUCCACUAGAACCUCGAACACUGUUCCGAAAUACCAUUUAAUAGAAAAAUGUCACCAAUCGAAGCUAGGCAUAGCUGCAAGAGCAAAUUUUUCUUCUUUAACUAGCUGUAAAAGGCUUGGCAUAGAAAAGAGGGCUCUAGCCUUGAACUUUAGCCCACAUAAUACCAACAGAAGUAAGCCCUUACAUUAUUCUUGCGAGGCUCUCAAAUGUGCUGAAUCCGAGGGAGGACUAUCAUUAACUAAUGACACGAGAUACAAUUACUACAGUAUAUAUGCUAAUCCAUUACCAAAUAUAAAUUCUACGUGCGUCCCAACAACUGGCAUGUUCGUAAUCUUGCCGAAAAAAUUUAAUUACACAGAAUCUCGAAAACACUGUAAGAAUAUUAGUGCAGUGCUUGCUGAUAUCACUGACGAGCACCGAACAGAUGCGCUGGCGCAAGCUUUAGCGACGGCGAGUGCAGAAGCAGCAUAUGUUGGAAUGACGAGGAACAGCAAUAGAUUUUUUUUAUCUGAAAAUGGUACUUCAAUAUGGGCCAGGGUAAAAGUCAAUUUACGGAAGAAGAACUUCAAGAUUAUGAGGAUCUCACGUAUUUCACAAAAAAAGAAGUGCUGUAUGCUCACCAAAAAUUCAAAGCCCUGGCCCCAGAAAAGCUCUUGUAAUGAUGGUGAUUGUACUUUCGAAGAUUUUCUGGACAUGAUGUCUGUAUUCAGUGAAAAUGCACCCAAGGCUGUUAAAGCUGAACAUGCUUUUAGAAUAUUUGAUUUUGAUGGGGAUGACAUGAUAGGUGUAUCUGAUCUAAGGGAAGUCAUUGAGCGUUUAUGUGGACCAGAAUUAAAGUUAAGUGAUUCUGAAAUCCAGCAACUUGUCCAGAAUGUUUUAGAAGAAGCCGAUCUUGAUGAUGACGGAGCUCUUUCCUUUGCAGAAUUUGAACAUAUCAUUGAUAAAAGCUCAGAUUUUUGCCACUCAUUCAGAAUAAGGCUG